CGCGUGGAGGUGCCAAGCUCUCGGGACCUACGGGGUCUGUGGCCCUCACCGACGCAGUGGCCGCCGCCGUCGCUUGGUCGCCGUCGGUCUGCGGGAGGCGGGUUAUGGCGGCGGCGGCAGUGGGAACUGUGAAUGAGUUCUCCAGGUGGUCGAGGGAAGAAGAAAGGCUCCGGCGGCCGCAGCAGCCCGGUGCCUCCCAAGCCUCCGCCCCCCUGCCCGGCCCCCGCCCCUCCCGCCGCCGGGCCGGCCCCUCCGCCCCGGUCGCCGCAUAAGAGGAACCUGUAUUAUUUCUCCUACCCGCUGUUCGUAGGCUUCGCGCUGCUGCGUUUGGUGGCCUUCCACCUGGGGCUCCUCUUCGUGUGGCUCUGCCAGCGCUUCUCCCGCGCCCUCAUGGCCGCCAAGAGGAGCUCCGGGGCCUCGCAGGCGCCAGCCUCUCCCUCGCCCCCCGCGCCCGUUUCGGGCGGCGAGGCCGAGCGCGUCCGAGCCUUCCACAAGCAGGCCUUCGAGUACAUCUCCAUCGCCCUGCGUAUCGAUGAGGACGAGAAAGGACAGAAGGAACAAGCAGUGGAAUGGUAUAAAAAAGGUAUUGAAGAACUAGAAAAAGGAAUAGCUGUUGUCAUUACAGGACAAGGUGAACAGUGUGAAAGAGCUGUACGCCUUCAAACUAAAAUGAUGACUAAUUUGGUGAUGGCCAAGGAUCGUUUACAACUUCUAGAGAAGCUUCAACCAGUUAUGCAAUUUUCCAAGUCACAAACGGAUGUCUAUAAUGACACUACUAACUUGACAUGCCGAAAUGGACAUCUCCAGUCAGAAAGUGGAGCUAUUCCGAAAAGAAAAGAUCCUUUAACGCACGCUAGUAAUUCACUGCCUCGUUCAAAAACAGUUUUGAAAAGUGGAUCCACAGGUCUUUCAGGUCACCACAGAGCACCUAGUUGCAGUGGUUUAUCCAUGGUUUCUGGAGUGAGACAGGGACCUGGUCCUGCAACUGCCACUCAUAAGGGUACUCAAAAAACAAAUAGAACAAAUAAACCUUCCACGCCUACAACUGCUGCUCGGAAAAAGAAAGACUUGAAAAAUUUUAGGAAUGUGGACAGCAACCUUGCUAACCUUAUAAUGAAUGAAAUUGUGGACAAUGGGACAGCUGUUAAAUUUGAUGAUAUAGCUGGUCAAGAAUUGGCAAAACAGGCAUUGCAAGAAAUUGUUAUUCUUCCUUCUCUAAGGCCUGAGUUAUUCACAGGCCUUAGAGCUCCUGCCAGAGGACUGUUACUCUUUGGUCCCCCUGGAAAUGGGAAGACAAUGCUGGCCAAAGCUGUAGCUGCAGAAUCUAAUGCAACCUUUUUUAAUAUAAGUGCUGCAAGUUUAACUUCAAAAUAUGUGGGAGAAGGAGAGAAAUUAGUGAGAGCUCUUUUUGCGGUGGCUCGAGAACUUCAACCUUCUAUAAUUUUUAUAGAUGAAGUUGAUAGUCUUCUGUGUGAAAGAAGAGAAGGGGAACAUGAUGCUAGUCGACGUCUAAAAACGGAAUUUCUAAUAGAAUUUGAUGGUGUGCAAUCUGCAGGAGAUGACAGAGUACUUGUAAUGGGUGCAACUAAUAGGCCACAAGAGCUUGAUGAGGCUGUUCUCAGGCGUUUCAUCAAACGGGUAUAUGUGUCUUUACCGAAUGAGGAGACAAGACUACUUUUACUUAAGAAUUUGUUAUGUAAACAGGGAAGUCCAUUGACUCAAAAAGAACUAGCACAACUUGCUAGAAUGACUGAUGGAUACUCAGGAAGUGAUUUAACAGCUUUGGCAAAAGAUGCAGCCCUGGGUCCUAUCCGAGAACUGAAACCAGAACAGGUGAAGAAUAUGUCUGCCAGUGAGAUGAGAAACAUUCGAUUAUCUGACUUCACUGAAUCCUUGAAAAAGAUAAAACGCAGUGUGAGUCCUCAAACCUUAGAAGCAUACAUACGUUGGAACAAGGACUUUGGAGAUACCACCGUUUAAAGAAAUGCCUUUGUAAGCCUGCAGAACAUUUUACUUAAUAAGAAACACAUGAUCUUCAGUGAACAGUUAUCAGCUACAGAAACUCAGCCUACGUUUACAGGACUUCUGGAGUUUUACAAUUAUUUGUGCAGCAAACUUGAAAAUGAAUGACAAAACAAACUUAAAUACAAUGUGAAUGAAAUGUUGCUGUUUAAGGCCUUCUUGUGUGGAUGGUCAUGGUUAUCUCAAUGGGCACUGUUAAGUUAGAGCACAACAAAACUGAUUCUGGUCUUCAUUACCAAUAUAAUCAUAAUGUAAAUAAUAGUUUGUAUAUUGUGUUGCAAAUGAAAGUAUUCCAGAGACAGCGAAUGGUAGAAGACACAGAGAGCCUUUUGUUGUUUGUCUUGUUUUUUUCUUAAAAUAGUAAUUUUUCUAUUUUUCUUUCCUACAGUUGUCUUAACUACCUAGGAUUAGAAUAUGAAACACUCUUUUAAGUUUUUUUCUUGUUUUCUUUUUACAAAUCCAAUGUGCCAAAUGAAGCUUUUUCCUAACAAUAGGAAAAAGCUAUUUUGAGAUGUUUUUUCUUCAUAAAUCUACAGAAAUUAAACUAUUACUGUGUUUUCACUUUUUAUUUUUCUAUUACCUUGCUACCACACAAUUUAGAAAGCAAUAUAAGAGCAACAAAGCAAAUCUGGUAAAAUAGAGAUGUUUUGAAGGUUUGAGUUACUCUGUCAUAUAAUAUGUAGAUCAGUUCUCAUCUGAUCUGCAGCACUUUUUUUCCUAAUGUCAAAAAUCUGUUCUAGCUGGCACUGAUGGCUCACACCUGUAAUCCUAGCUACAGAGGCAGAGAGAUCAGGAGGGUGGAGGUUCAAAGCCAGGGCAAGUAGUGUAUAAGACCCUUUGGAAAAUACUCAACACAAAAAUGGGCUGGGGGAGUGACUCAAGUGGCAGAGUGCUGGGCUAGCAAGCAUGAGGCCCUGAGUUCAAACCCAAGUACCACCAAAAAAAAAAAAAUCUGUUGUAGACUGUUAACUUAUUCCAGAUGGAAUUUAUUUUCUCCUAGAAUUAUUCUGAUAUUUAUGAGAGCCGGUGGCUCUGGUGCAAGAGAAGGGAAAUACUGGGAGCUAAUACAUUUCUAACUUAUCACUUAUUUCUUUCUUACUGUUUACAGGAUAAUUAUAAGCCAGUGGAACUACCAUCUUUUAGUCUUAAUAAUUAUGAAUCCCUUCAAUGAAACUCAAAAUACUGAAUUUUUAUACAUUUUAUAGGUUUCAUGUGCUUACUUUAUUAACUUAAAAAGUUCUAGUCCGUUGAUCUGCCUUUUGUUUCAGCAAAUGUAUAGUGAUUCUGCUUAUUUGUAUAAAUAUGCCUGGAUUUUUAUUAUAAAACUGCAUUGUAGGAAGUAGAGACUCAUGGCCUUUUAAAUAUUAUAAUAAAGGCACAAAUUGAUAUUUGCCCCUAGUUUACUGGUUAAAAGUUUGUUUACAGAAUUUUUCUUUGGUGCUUAAAGGAUGCUAUGUAAAAUGUCAUGGGUAGAAAGAAUAAUUUUUUAGUAACAAAGACUUUUCAUUUAGCAAAGAUGUUUUGAGAGAAUACAUUAAAACAAAAUAUUUGCCCUACUAGAUAAGAAUUUUAUAAUGAAAACAUUCUCCUUAAUUUUAUUCUUGCUCUUAUAAAAAAUUUAUCUAAAUAUAGAAGGUGUAUGAUUUCUUAGGCUCUUGUGCUAUUUGUAGCCAUAAUUUAAAUCAUUUCUCUUCUAAUCAUGACUUUAGAACUCCCUGUAUGAUUAAAAAAUGAGAGUUGAGAUAAAUAGGAUAAAAACACUUAAGCUAAAGCUAUGCAUAUUUUAGGUCCUGGUAGUAUCUUUUUAAGGUCUCAAACCUUAAAGCAUGUUAUAAAAUACUGAUAAUGAUAGGUGGUGAUGAAAUAUGCACGAGAAGAAUUGGUGAAAUCUCAAAUUAAAACUAUUUCAGUAAAGCUCAUAAAAUUUCAUUUUGUUUUCAAUUAGGGAUUAAUGUUAUCAAUAUUUAGAUAGCUGGCUUAUCAUAUUAAAGGAUUAUGUGGUUCUAGCUCAACUUUAAAAAUAUCUCCUUUAUAAUUAUUAUGAUAUAAUUUUAUUGGGAAGGUUUUCAGAUGAAAGAAUUCAAAUGUUAAAUGUAAAAGUCAAGCUAGUAUUAUAAACAUCGAGUUAAAAUUACUCUAUUAAUAUACAUCGAUAUAUAAAAAUGUCUUUGCUGAUGAAGUCUAAAGUUCAGCUAGUGCUAGAGAACUAUUUUCUGUGAGUUACUAUGACCAGUUUUAUUUUAAGCUGUGUUUCUUUCAGAGAUGAGCCAUGAAAAUAUUUUAUUAGGAGGUAAGGAGUUGGAUUGGUCUUUUUCAGUAAAGAUAGGAGUUGCUGAGGUUUUGGGGAUUAAUGGUAGACAUAGAUUGUAACCUUUUAGAUUUUGUGUCAAAGUUUGUAUUCUGUUACUUCCUAAAAGAUAAUGCUUCAGCAUUAAGCAUUAGUGUGCUCUUCAUGUUAAUAUGGCAGAGUUUUGUAAAGUAAAUUAAAACUUAACUGAUUAUUGGACUUUGAACCAAAGGAAAGAAUCAAUCUAUCUUUUCCAGAUCUAUUAGGGGUAAAAGCUUUUUCUGAGAAAGUCUGCCCAUUGAGGUUAGUAUUAGCUUUCUGAAUUGCAAAUGUUUUGUGCUCAAAGAAAAUUGGAGGAAAAGCAUAUAGUAGAAUUCUAGUUUGUGUAUACAGCAGUCUGUUUAUAGUGUAAAAUUCUUUAUAUUUUGUACAAAAACAUUCUUUUGGUAAAAUGAACCAUUUACAUUUUGCUUUUGGACUUUUAGAUCAUAGGAUUUUCCUUUAAAUACUUGUCUCAAUUUUAGUCCUGUCUUUUGUACUUCUCUUCAGAAGAAAUGAAUUGAAGGGUAC